GGUGAAGUAAUCCGCCUGCCGUUCCUAUUUACAAAAGGCAAAUACAUUCGGAGUGUUCCUGUGCCACCGGAUAUGGACGCACUGACCGUAAUUCACAAUCAUAUAAAGCAAACGAGGGGCACCAGAGGGCAAAAACGCAAUUUCAUACGCGGCGAAAGAAAUAAGGCAAAACCUGGCUCAAUCAGCAAGCCACAGAGCAUUGGUGGACCCAAUAAUAGUGUGGGUGGUAGCAGGGGCAGAGGAAGGGGAAGGGGGCGUGGCAGAGGGAUGGCUGGUCGUGGGAGGGGCAGAUGAUUGAGCAGCGAAGUGCUAUACAGAUAAUUGGAAAUGUAUACGCACUUAUGCUUUGUGCGUAUCGUUCACAUAGACCUGUGGAGGAGAGUGCAUUUGCACGACGCUCUAUACAAAAAACACACUAUCUUACACAUGUACUCUAUUAGAUGAAUUGCAACACUAACUUGUGUAUACUGUAUGGAUGAGGUCACUGUUAACCAUGAUUCUCGAAAAGCGAGAUGCUUCGCUUUACGUUGUGUGUUUAUCAUACUGCAAUUGCAAUCGGCGGAUGGUAUCAAAGCGGGCGAGAGACCUCGACGCCAGAAUAGGACUGGUGCCAGAAUUGGCAAGGCAGAGAGCUUCAACCGUUUUGCACUAAAUUGGAGCUUCACAUAGCGUGAGUAUCCUGUGCGAAGCCUGCGAAAGCUGUCUUAUCUCCACUUGAAUUUAAGAAAGCAUAUGCAUCAGCGCCCGGUCCGUGGCACCGAGAGUGGUAGUUUCACUACAUAUAGCCUAGGGUACCACUUUGCAGCA